GACUGUUUUCUUAGUUCCGUAGAGAGGAGAUGGAUUUGUUGGGUCAUGCUAACAAACUUGGAACUCUGGGGCGUUUACUUUACCACUCGCAGCAGGUUCUACGAAACGCACAUCAAUGCACCGCACGAACCUAACGGGACUGUGUAGAAAAACUGUGUAGAAUUUAAUAAAUAAUCCAUACAAACUCAAGUGAAUUAACAAUUUCCGACUUUGGGCAGACGAUUAUAUGCAACGACGAAGCAAUGCAGUCCCCGCGCUUAAGCGCCUCUCUGGCCCCUCGUUCACCACCCUGCCCUCCACUACCAACGCACUUCUCGCCCCGCCCGCCACUGCCAGCCAUCCGCCUCGCGUAGACUUAUCAUAGUUUUACCGUCGAGGUUAUCGUUGGGUUACCGUUGAGGGUUACCGUUGAGGUAGCCUUGAGCACGAUGCACGGGUGGGGCGCCAUCUCCCACAACAAGUUCAAGCGCUUGCCGCCUUCCGCGCGCGCGCGCGCACAACUGCGCGUAAUUUUUCCUCCCUUCACUUUUUUUUUUUUUAUUUUCCUGCUCUCGUUUGAUGCAGGGCAUGAUAUGUAAGGAGUCGUCUUUCCAGCUCCUCAACUCGUGUGGGCUGUUGAGGGACCACUUCCCGUGCACGUCGUGCACAGAGAGCAACGGGUUUGAGCAGCCCUGCUACGUUGAGCUGGACGCUCCGGAGGACAACCUCCCGGGGCAGUGCCUCAUCUCGUCGAACCCACGGCAUUCGACAUGUUCGGCUUCCCACGAGGUCACGCGACGGCUAUGCCCUUGCACGGCUUCUGGUCGAUGAAAGGAGGGAGGGUGGUUCGUAAGUCACCCACGCGAGCAAAAAGAGGGACAGCAGUGAUUGUCCCCGUCCGUAUGCGCGGCGAGUUCAGGGCCUGUCUGUGGGUGGGCUGUUGGACACUGGGCGCAUUAUUUUGUAAUUUUGCAAAACGGAAGAAGGGGCUUCUUCUGCUUUUUGCUUCUCAGAGCGAUGUUUCGCCCAGAAAAUGUUGUUACCUACCUGUUUGUUGAGUUUUUGUUGUUGUAACACCGGUGCGGUGCGUGUUCGUUUGUUGCAGUGUAAGCAAGGGCGGAAAAGGGUUAAUCAGUUCGAUGAAGGCAGAGAUCGCUUCGAAGGAAGGCUAGAGAUUCGCAGCCAACAUCUAGAUCGUUGGUCCGCGUCCUCGUCGUUUCAUUUUUUAUUUUUCGCAAACAUGUUCACCUUCUGUGUCCGUAGAACAAUAGUGAGAGUCCGGGCUGGAAAUUGCCAAUGGAUUCAUCAUAUCGCUGUUUGUUUGUUUUUUGAACACGGACUCGGCGGCGUUCGUGCUAUCGGAACGAGAAGAGAGCGAAGCAGGCGUUCUUUUCUCGUUCUAUGGGCGUGACGUUCAACCUGUAGGACAUCCAAAUGCCUCGUCGGAUAAACUGCUCCAUGAUGGAGCAGAUGUCGGAGUAAUCGCUCUCUCUCUCUUUGUCGUCGCCGUAUGUACGAUGGAUCGGCCGCGCCUCUCUCGUAGACUUGUAUUAUUUUGUUUUCAGCAUAGAGACGACAGAGAGGAGAAGGUGGAGGCUUCCUUCAUUGUGCUGCUUGGGCCUCGUAUUUGCUCCUUCUCGGUCUGGUGGGGGCGU